AUGGCGGUCUUUGCCCGCCUGCUGGAGCGUCUCGGGUGGUUCGCUCGAGCUCAAGAGGCAGCAGAGCAGGAGGCAGAGGUGGAACACAAGGUCCCCGGCGAGCCUAGGGGUCUCCUGGAGUCGCCCCGAUGCUCGCAAAGGCUACACGGGGGUGCGGCGGCUGCACCCGGCCUGCGCUUCGGGGCGAGUGCGGUGCAGGGCUGGCGCGCGCGCAUGGAGGACGCGCACUGCGCUCGACUGGCUUUGCCCGGGCUGCCGUCGGGUUGGGCUUUUUUCGCAGUCCUGGAUGGCCACGGGGGAGCACGGGCUGCACGCUUCGGAGCGCGCCACCUCCCAGGUCACGUGCUGGGGGAGCUGGGUCCCGCGCCCCGAGAGCCGGAGGACGUGUGCCAGGCUCUGCGUAGCGCCUUCCUCCGCGCAGAUGCGCAUCUGCGCUCGCUCUGGCCCCUCAGCGACCCCGGCGGCUCGACGGCAGUGGUGCUGCUCGUGUCCCCGCGCUUCCUCUACCUGGCACAUUGCGGGGACUCGCGCGCUCUGCUGAGCCGAUCGGGCUCCAUGGCUUUCUGUACCGAGGACCACCGUCCUCACCGGCCUCGGGAACGCGAGCGUAUCCAUGAUGCUGGUGGCACCGUUCGUCGCCGGCGUGUUGAGGGCUCCCUGGCCGUGUCCCGAGCCCUAGGCGACUUCGCCUUCAAACAGGCACCCGGGAGGCCUCCUGAGCUGCAGCUCGUGUCAGCUGAGCCCGAGGUGGCUGCGCUGGCACGCCAGGCCGAGGACGAGUUCGUGUUCCUGGCCUCCGAUGGCGUGUGGGACGCCCUGUCUGGUGCGGACCUGGUGGGGCUGGUGGCGUCGCGCCUCCGUCUGGGCUUGGCGCCAGAGCAUCUCUGUGCUCAGCUGUUGGACACGUGUCUAUGCAAGGGAAGUUUGGAUAACAUGACUUGCAUGGUGGUCUGCUUCCCAGGGGCCCCCAGGCCUUGUGAGGAGGCAAUCAGAAGGGAGAUGGCUUUAGACACAGCCCUGAGCCACAAAGUUGCCGAGCUGUAUUCCUCCGCUCAGGAACCCCCAUGCCUAAACACAAUUUUCAGGACCCUGGCAUCAGAGGACAUCCCAGGCUUGCCUCCCGGAGGAGGGCUCCAUAGCAAGGCCACUGUCAUUGCCGAAGCUUACUCAAAACUUCGUCAGACCUCAGAGGAAUGUCAAGAGGUAAGGCUCUGUCUCUUUGGGUCCCUCCUCAACCUGCGCUACAACCCUGCCUGCUGA